CUUCUGUUAUUCAAGGGACCAGCACUGUUUUGGGUUAAACAGUGUGCAAACGUAUGGAAAUAAAACCAAAAUAUGUUGCGCUCCAAUCGGGUAAUACAAGGGGAGCAAACUCAAUUGCUUGCCAUAGAACAAAAACUGGUGCAGUUACUUCCUAAGAUGCAAGAAGCAUUAAAUUCACUGAAGGUGGAAGAGUUGCACUUAAAAUCACAGUCAGUACAGCCAACAGCAACACAAGGACUCCCAUCUGACUUAAAUGUUAACGUUAACAGAGCUGGUACGCCAAACGAUCAAAUUAAUAGUCAGCAAAUCAACUUGGGAUUGAGUCGUGUAAACGAAUGGGGACAGUUUAUGGAAGAAGACGAAUCAGAUUGA